CUGGGAUUCGGUAACCUGAUACUUUACCAGAGUGUAUCCGAGAAAGCUGUACCUCUGAACUGGGCCUCCAGCCUGGCGUUCCUGGAUCUUCUCACACCCACCAUGAAUACACCCCAUUUCCCAGCCUCCCUGUUUUUGGAUCUUUUCAUACCCACCAUGAACACCUCCCAUUUCCCGGCUUCCCUCUUCCCAGAGUUCCUACAGGGGAAGAAUGGGACCAAUCCUUUGGGUUUCCUCUACAACUUCUCUGACGGCUGCCAGGAUUCUGUGGACCUUUUGGUCUUCAUCAUCACCACCUACAGCAUUGAGACCAUCUUGGGGGUCCUGGGAAACCUCUGCUUGAUAUAUGUGACCACAAGGCAGAAGGAAAAGUCCAACGUGACCAACCUGCUCAUUGCCAACCUGGCCUUCUCUGACUUCCUCAUGUGCCUGAUAUGCCAGCCACUCACAGCCACCUACACCAUCAUGGACUACUGGAUCUUCGGUGAGGUCCUUUGCAAGAUGUUAACUUUCAUCCAGUGUAUGUCGGUGACAGUCUCCAUCCUUUCGUUGGUUCUCGUGGCCUUGGAGAGGCACCAGCUCAUCAUCCAUCCAACGGGCUGGAAACCCAGCGUUUUCCAGGCUUACCUGGGGAUUACGAUCAUCUGGUUCAUUUCUGGCUUCCUGUCCUUGCCCUUCCUGGCCAAUAGCAUCCUGAGUGACCUCUUCCACCGCAACCACUCUAAGGCGGUGGAGUUUUUGGAGGACAAGGUGGUCUGCAUUGUAUUCUGGUCCUCAGACCAUCACCGCCUCAUCUACACCACCUUCCUGCUGCUCUUCCAGUACUCUGCCCCCCUGGUCUUCAUUCUGGUCUGCUACGUACGCAUCUACCAGCGCCUGCGGAGGCAGAGGCAGGUGUUCCGCAGGGACGCUUGCGGCUCACGCGUGGGGCAGAUGAAACGGAUCAAUGGUAUGCUCAUGGCAAUGGUGGCUGCCUUUGCUGUGCUCUGGCUGCCCUUGCAUGUGUUUAACACCCUGGAGGACUGGUACCAGGAGGCCAUACCCGCUUGCCAUGGCAACCUCAUCUUCUUGAUAUGCCACAUGCUUGCCAUGGCUUCCACCUGUGUUAACCCUUUCAUCUACGGCUUUCUCAACACCAACUUCAAGAAGGAUGUCAAGGCCCUGGUGCUGACCUGCCAUUGCAGGUCACCCAGAGGGGAGUCUGAGCAUCUGCCCCUGUCCACUGUGCACACGGACCUCUCCAAAGGAUCUCUGAGGCUGGGAAGCAAGUCUAACUUCAUAUAGUCCUGCCUAGGCUUUUCCCUGCUGUUUCCUUUUGACAGACCCUUUCACUUAGCCAAGCAGACACAUUGCAGGUUGACUAGUAUCCUGCUGUUUUUAGCUUGGGAAUCCAGAUAGGCUAGCAAAACACUUGAAGCUUGGCAUUUAGACUGUUUAGCCAUUUGCUUCUGGGAGAAUUUUGAGUCCAGAUUCCGCAGAUCACACAGUGAACUUUGUGCUUGAGUUUCGGGAUGUUACAACCAGAGAUGUUGGACUCUAAAGGCCACUCAGCACAGAUGCCUAGCCUAAAAAACCUUCCUCCACAUCCUGAGGGUUCAUCUAACUUGCCAUGGGCUAUGUGUUAUGCUCUUUCUAAGGGAUGCUGGAAGUCCCAGUAGCCUUUGACAGAGGCAGAUUCAUAGAAACAGU